GUGCAGGUGCUGAUGCUGUUGAGCCUGUUCGCGUGCUGGUACGGGUUCAACAUCGUGUUCAACAUACAUAACAAACAGAUUUUGAAGAGCUUUCCGUACCCGGUGACGGUGACGCUGAUCGAACUCGGCGUGGGGAGCGCGUUGAUUUGCGCGAUGUGGGCGAGCGGGGCGAAAAAGCCGCCGACGCUGACGAAGGAGAUGCUGAAACCGAUCGUGCCGUUGGCGGUGAUUCACGCGGUUGGGAAUUUGUUGACGAAUGUUUCGCUUGGGAAGGUGGCGGUGUCGUUCACGCACACGAUUAAGGCGAUGGAACCGUUCUUUUCGGUGUUGCUCUCGGCGUUGUUCUUGGGGGAUAUUCCCUCGCUCGCCGUCGUCGGCGCGCUCGUGCCGGUUGUCGGCGGCGUCGCGCUCGCGUCCAUGACGGAAGUCAGCUUUUGCUGGGCGGGCUUUUUGGCCGCCAUGGGGUCGAACAUCACGUUCCAGUCGCGAAAUGUGCUGAGUAAGAAGAUGAUGGGGUUGUCGUCGAUCAAAGGAGCCAUCGACAACAUCAACUUGUUCAGCGUCAUCACGAUGUUGAGCUGCGUGGUGUGUCUUCCCAUCGCCAUCGGCCUUGAGGGUGUUCACUUCACCCCUUCCACUAUAAGCGCGGUCGGCGUGAGCGUCCAAGAGUUGGCCAAGAGCUUGAUGAUUGCCGGUUUCUGCUUCCAAAUGUACCAGCAAAUCUCGUACAUGAUUCUUUCUCGCGUCAGCCCGGUGACGCACUCUGUCGGUAACUGCAUGAAGCGUGUCACCGUCAUCGUCGUCACGCUGCUGUACUUCAAGAACCCAGUUUCUCCGCUCAAUAUGGCGGGCACCGCUUUGGCCUUGAGCGGCGUGUUCUUGUAUUCGAGAGCCAAGCGCGCUGAGGGAGACAAGAAAAAGGCGGCG